AUGGCCCAGAGGUCAUACAAAAUCAAAGAGAAAGAGAGGAAAGAAGAAAUAGAAAGGCCUCUCCCACCUAUUCACCUCCUCUCCUUUUUUUCCCCCAAUAUUAAUUUGAUUCCCCCUUGUGGUUUUCUCCCUUCCAUUGGAUUGUACGGAUUCUUGCAUAAAAUUCCUGCAAUUUUUUUUUUCUUCUUCCAUUCUCCCCAUUCUUCUCCACCUCUUUCCUCUCUUUGUUUCCUCCCCCACCUCUCUCCCUCUGUUUUUUUUUUAUUAUUUUUUUGGUCUUCUGAGACUGCUAGAUAGAAGAAGAAGAAAAGCCAGACCUGGUCUCUGGGCUCUGCUUCCUUGGAACUCUCUUCUGGGUUUUGGAGGAAAAAGCCUUUCAGCACCCGCUGAGAUUGGUUUAAAGGGCUUCACAAAUAUAAAAACUCUUUCUAAUUUUGCUAAUUAUUUAGCAUAAAAAGAACUGCUUUUAUUUUUUUUUUCUAUUAAUUUUUCUCUGGGAUUGAGAAGGGGGACGGGAGAAGGAGAGGUAAAGAUGGGAAAGCACGGACCUUGCUGUCAUUGUGGAGUCACAAGUACUCCUCUUUGGCGGAAUGGACCGCCAGAGAAGCCAGUUUUAUGCAAUGCAUGUGGUUCAAGGUGGAGAACAAAGGGUUCACUGACAAAUUACACCCCUAUGCAUGCUCGAGAACCUAUAGAUUCAGAAGAAUUAAAAGUUCCUAAGGUGAAAAAUAUAUCACUCAAAUCCAAAGAACAGAAGCUGCACAAGAAAAAGCAGAGCGGUAUUACAUUGGAAAGCAAACGUGAAAUGCCAUAUUCUGACCAGAACUUCCGAAAGAUAGCUGAUGGUGAUCCAAGCAAUCGAUCUAGUUCUGGAUCAGCGAUAUCAUAUUCAGAAAGUUGUGCACAUUUUGGAGCCACUGAUGCAAGUGAUAUGACAGGUUCAGCACAAUCAAAUGUCUGGGAUUCUCAGGUUCCAUCCAAGAAGAGGACAGGUGUUACUCGUCCAAAGCCCUCUCCUGUUGAAAAGCUCACAAAAGACCUUUAUACUAUAUGGCAUGAACAACAGCCAUCUUACCAAGGAUCUUCUGAAGAGGAUCUACUCUAUGAAAGUGGAACUCCAAUGGAUUCAUUUGAGAUGGGCUAUGGAAGCGUACUUAUUAGGACUUCAAAGUCUAUAGAGGAGGAAUCAGAGGCAAGCUCACUUCCAGUAGAUAAUAAAUCAUACAUUAUCAAUGAGGCUUAUACAGGGAUAGCCUCCUUUCCUGUACAUAGUGAAAGCAAAGGAAUUAGACUUUCAGAUUCUGGUAAUACCAAAGUUAAGAAGUCUACAGCACAAGUGACAAGAGAGAAUGUCAGAAGGGAUAAAUUUUCCCAUGAUAAGUUACAAAUCCUGCGAGACAGAGAAUCACCACUAUGUUCCACAGAUCUGCAAGAUGUCAUUAACUUCGAAGAACUUAUGAAGUAUUUGACGCAUGAGGAACAACAGCGUCUGAUGAAAUAUCUUCCUUCUAUAGAUACCGCCAAACCUCCUGAGAGCCUUAAAAGCAUGUUUAGCAGUCCACAAUUUGUGGAGUCUUUAUCUCACUUUCAGCAACUGCUUCAAGAGGGAAUUUUUGAUCUCUCCUUUUCGGGAGCGAAUGUUGAGGAAUGUAGGACUUUAAGGAAGCUUGCAUUACUGAAUUUGACAAAAUUUAAAUGGGUGGAGUACUAUAAACACUUAAAGGAUGUAAACCAUAAACAGAUCACAGAAGGAAAGGAAAUGGUCAGCAGGCUAAAAUCUCCUGGAUUUUCCAAUUCAGCAUCCCUCAAGAAGACUCGAGAUGGCCAGAAUCAGAACUAUCCUGAGCUGAAAGAGACCAUGAGAAGCCCAAAAAGAAUGUGCAAAUCUGGGAUCACGAAUCUUCUGUCAAGAAAUCCAACUCAGCCGAAUUCCAGCGACACAGGCUCAAAGUUGACUGAUGAUGCAAAUGAUUUCAUGGACAAUGAAGGGGCUUGCUUCAGUCCAAGAAGCUUUUUCGCAUCUCCUCCAGAUAGGAGCUCCAUGCUGGUUCCUCUGCAAUUCAGCGAUGACAGCACUGAUCAUGACCUGUUGCUAGAUGUGCCUUGCAAUGCAUCAUUCCCUGAGGCGGAACUACUUUAUCAUCCUUGGAAACAGAGAACCACCCAAAGCAGUUCCCAAGCAGAGAGUGGAGUCGCCCAAGGUGAAGAGAGUCUCUCCAACUUUCCGUCCAGCGGCAGCAACAAGCAGCCGAACUACCAGUACAUUGAAGGUACUUGGGGAAGUAUGAGGCAGUGGUUGGAUGGUUCAGGUGGCAGGCGCCUCUUGGUGGGCAUCCAGUGUGAGCUGAGCCCCAACGGAUACAAGAUCGAGCAGCGAGCCAACAUUAUGGUGUUCUUGGUUGCUAUAAUCGCCCUACAGAAUGGUGUGGAUGGAAUGACACUAUUCCAAGCCAAAAAAAGAGAGGGAGAGAGGGAAGGCAUGGCGAACUACGGCGCCAUGCUGAGGCGGUCCGGCCUGGGCCGCGCCACCGAGGCGGUGGCGGAGCGGGCUCGCUCCACACGCAAGGCCCUCUCCCGCUUCGCCCGCCCCCAGGCCUUCGCCUGCCCGGCCGACGCCGAGGCCGCCGCCGUCCGCGCCGUCCGCAACGUCGCCUACUUCCGCCUCCACUACGCCCUCGUCCUCUGGAUCCUCCUCCUCGCCACCCUCGCCCCCACCCACCGCGCCUCCAUGCUCUUCCUCAUGGCCGCCUCCAAGGUCGCCCUCUUCUACGGCGUCCUCCUCCGCGCCUUCCCCAACUCCGCCCUCCUCCGCCGGAUCCUCGACCGCCGGCUCGUCCUCGCCCUCUUCCUCAUCGUCAUCGUCGUCGAGCUCGCCCUCACCGACGCCAUCAAGCACCUCCUCCUCGCCCUCGCCAUCGGCGUCCCCCUCGUCCUUCUCCACGCCGUGUUCAGGCAAAUGGAGCUAAAUACAAUAAAAGAUGCAUUUGACCGAGUUGCUAAGAAGCAAAAGCUUUCAUGCUCUAAAACCCAAGAAGUCAUUGACGAGGUUGGGCGAGAGAUAGAGCAGGCAAUGGCCAAGAUGCAGUCAACCGAUAAUGGUUCAGGCUGCUCUGACCAGAAAUCCAUUCUCUUGGAGCUCAAAACUAAGCUGAAUGAAAUGGCUCCAAUGAAUCAACUUGAAGGGUCCCAGAGGGAACUGAACGUUGGGCUUGUCAAGUAUGCAAAGAUCCUUGAGAAGUGCUUCAAUCCGGAUAUAUCCAAGGCAUAUCGAAACGUUGACUUUGACAUCCAUAUAGUAAACCAGAUCAUUGCAAGCCACUUCUAUCGCCAAGGCCUGUUUGAUCUUGGUGACUGCUUUAUAAGCGAAGCUAACGAGCCAGAUGCUACUGCUCUAAAAUCUCCAUUCCUGGAGAUGUAUGGGAUACUCGAAGCUAUGAGGUCUAGGGACCUUGAGCCCGCACUGAACUGGGCUUCCAAACAGAGUGAAAGGCUAUUGCAGAAUGGGUCAAGCCUGGAGCUGAAGCUUCACCAACUGCAGUUUGUGGAAAUACUACAGAAGGGAAGUCAAAAUGAGGCUCUGCAAUAUGCAAGGACCUACCUGGCUCCAUUUGCUUCGGUGCACAAGGUUGAGAUUCAAAAGCUAAUGGCCUGUCUCUUGUGGGCAGGUCGGCUUGACCAGUCUCCUUAUGCAGAGUUUAUGUCUCCAACUCACUGGGAGAGGUUGGCUGAGGAGCUCACCCAGCAGUUUUGCAGCCUCUUGGGUCAGUCCUAUGAGAGCCCACUCAGCGUGGCUAUAGCAGCAGGGAUCCAAGGGUUGCCAACUCUUCUGAAGUUAGCAAGUGUGAUGGCCGCGAAGCAGCAGGAGUGGCAGGCAAUGAAGCAGCUGCCAGUGCCUGUUGAUCUUGGGAGGGAAUUCCAGUUUCAUUCUAUUUUUGUGUGCCCAGUGCUGAGGGAGCAAGGGAGUGAUGAGAACCCACCAAUGCUGAUGCCUUGUGGGCAUGUGCUGUCAAAGCAGUCGAUAGCGAAACUGUCAAAGAGCAGUACAAGGCCAUUCAAGUGCCCCUAUUGCCCACUCGAGGCAACGACUGUAGGAGAUGGAGUUCUGAUCCUUACUGGCAGCAGCAACAUCUCUCUUCUUACUGCAAGUAGGAGAUUCAUGAGCCCAUCAAGCUUCAGACAUCCGCCAAAUCUCGGAGUCAGAAGGUUCGAAGCCCGCACCCUCCAAAACCCUAACAAUCGAAUCGUCUCUCUCUCUCUCUCUCUCUCUCUCUCUCUCCGCCCCAAAACCCUGGAAAUGCUCCUCUGCUCCGCCAUUUGGCUUCCAUUUACUCCCCUUCAAGGCUUCCCUCUCUCCUCCUCCGCCUCCUACUCCCAAGUUUGUCGAGGGUGGCCCUCCACGCCCUCUCUUCGGGCGGAGCAGAAGCCCGGAGGCCCGAUCCGAUGCUCAAUCUCGCAGGUCAACAGCUACGGCACCGUGGACUACGAGCGGCGGCCGGCCCUCAAGUGGAGCUCGCUCUACCGCAGGAUCGCCACCAUGGAGAACCCCAGCCUCGGCCCCGCUGCUGUCCUCGAGCGGUGGGAGGAGGAGGAGAGGCGGCUCAACAAGUGGGAGCUCUGUCGCGUGGUGAAGGAGCUCAGGAAGUUCCGCCGGUUCAAGCUCGCCUUGGAGGUUUAUGAUUGGAUGACUGCCCAAAGAGACCGAUUUACAUUUACGUCUAGUGACAUGGCAAUCCAGUUGGAUCUGAUUGCCAAAGUACAUGGCAUUUUGCAUGCUGAAGAACACUUCUCAAAGCUUCCUGAUACCUUAAAAGACAAGCGUGCAUAUGGUGCUCUUCUAAAUGUUUACGGGCAAGCAAAGAUGAAAGAGAAGGCAGAGGAUAUUAUUGAGGAAAUGAGAAACAACGGAUAUGCAACUGAAGCCCUAUUUUUCAAUGUGAUGAUGACUCUUUAUAUGAAUGUUGGAGAACAUGAGAAAGUUAAUAAGAUCAUUAAUGAGAUGAAGGAGAACAAUGUUUCAUUUGACAUAUGCUCUUACAAUAUCUGGAUAACAAACUGUGCAGUUAUGGGAGAUGCAGAGGAGAUGGAAAGAGUGGUAGGGAUGAUGAAUUCGGACAAUGGCAUCAUUGCUAAUUGGACCACUUAUACUACACUUGCUACCAUGUAUAUUAGACUAGGCAAUAUUGAGAAGGCACAAAGUUGCCUAAAGGAUACCGAAAUUAGAAUGACGGGCAGGGAUCGAAUGCCUUUUCAUUACCUUAUUGGACUUUAUAGCAGAAUAGGAAAGAAAGAGGAAGUCUAUCGGAUUUGGAACUGGUACAAGUCAAGUUUCCCUAGCAUCCUGAAUAUGGGUUACCAUUCAAUGCUUUCUUCUUUGAUUAGGCUAGGGGAUACUGAUGGAGCUGAAAUGAUCUUUGGAGAAUGGCUUUCCAUGACAUCAAGCUAUGAUCCCAGGAUCUGCAAUAUUCUUUUGGGUUCGUAUGCCAGAGAAGGGCUGGUUGCUAAGGCUAAGAAUGUUCUUGACAGAUUUUCAGAAAAAGGCGGAAAGCCAAGACCGGUCACGUGGGAGAUCCUUGCAGAAGGCUACAUUAAGGUGGAACAAACUUCCGAGGCAUUAUUGUGUAUCAAAGAAGCUGCAUCGUAUGGAGGAGUAAAUAACUGGAGACCAAAACCCACAAACAUAGAAAUCCUCCUAGCACUCUGUAAGAGGCAGAAUGACAUUGCUGGUGUUAAUAUGUUGAUGGACGCCCUUCGAAUGAGAGGAUGCCAUGAAAACGAGGAGUACAAGGCAUUAAUUAGCGAAUACUCUCAGGGCAAUUGAGCAUGGUAAAAGAUGAGCAUCUGAGGAAUUGUUCGAGACCAAGAUGCUUGUUGGUAUGUCUGAAAUCAGUCUCAAAGGAACAGCUCAUGUCUCCACAUGUUACUAAAGAUUCUUUCUGCCUCUAUAUGAUUUGAAGUAGGGGCACAAAUGCACUUGUGGGUCAUUGCUCUGCACAUAGAAUAUCUGGAAUAUUGUACGUUAAAAUGGAGCUGCACUGCCUUUAAACGAUCAUGUGCAUGGAUCACACAUUGGAUCAGAGUCCUACUGAUUCUUCAAAGUUUUGUCUUGCAGAAUGGUUGUCAAAUAGUUUAUUUACGACAUCAGUGAAGCUGUCUUUUGUCUUAGAGAUGAGGAACAUGAUGGUGCGGCAUUGAAUAGCUCUUAUAACCAGAGUUGCACUGGCUGCAGAAGUGCCUAUCUUGCUGCUUGUCCUUUUGUUUUUUUUUCUGUCUAUUAUUGCUUUGAAAUUCCGGACAGCUUCUCUAAGUUGGUUGCACUAUUGAGGCAAAACUGGCAACUGACAUACCUGAGGGAAGGCAUGUCAUUAGAUUUAAUUGUGAAAAUAGAUCUAAGACCCAGAGGGUCCUAAUUGGAGGAUCUGCAUAUUGGAGGGAAACUUGUGACUUGCUAAUUGCCACAGCGUUUGCAAAACCAUGAGGCGCAGCAAGAAGAAAUCACACACUUUCACCUCCCUGUAAUUGGGUGAUCCAAUUUGCUAAAUAUCGCUAUAUAUCUAUAUAUAUAUUGUUAGUGUUAGCUGCA